AUGGCGAAAAAGCAGCAGCGGCAGGUUGUGUGCAUGGUGUUCCUGCUGGUGGCCUUCCUUGUCAUCUCGGCCAUGCACGCCGUCCCUGCAGAGCCCGGAAGGACGCUAGCAGAGUCGUCGGUGGGUUACGAACCACUGAAACCAGGCGUUUUGGAUCCUGACCGACCAGGUGUUUUGGAUCCUGACCGACCAUACACCCGGCGAUGCAGAGAAAUCUACGAAUGCCCACAUACACAUGGAACUGCAACGCCAUGA